AUGAGGUCGUUAUCAUUGCUCACUUUCUUCGUUGCCUUUUUGGCGCCGAUGGUGUCCGCAGUGAAGCUGCUGGAGUCCAAUGCGCUGAACGUGUGCAUGGAGUCUAGCAAUUUCACUGCCACCUACUUUAAUGUCGUCUUCUACCCCAACAACAACACGCUCACGAUCGGCUUCGAUGGUGUAUCCUAUAUUUCCGGCAAGGUCAUCGCGGACAUGACGCUGACUGCUUACGGUUACGAGGCCUACUCGAGUACUGUCGACCCCUGCAAUAUCUCCGGCAUGGGUAUGUGCCCGAUGGCCCCUGGUCCCAUUGACCUGGGUCCCGUUUCUCUUCCUCUUCCUUCAGACACGGCCUCCAACAUUCCCGGAAUUGCCUAUACUGUUCCCGAUCUCGAUGCGACUGUGAAAAUUGUCAUCAAGAGGAAGGAUACCGGAGAGAAGAUUGCCUGUGUGGAAGCCAAUCUUUCCAACAACAAGACCGUCUACCAGUUGGGUGUCGCAUGGACGACUGCUAUCAUUUCCGGCGUGGGUCUGGCAGCAUCUGCCAUUACCUCUGGAUUGGGACACUCCAAUACUGCAGCUCACGUUGCGGCAAACGCGCUCUCUCUCUUCGGAUUCAUGCAGUCUCAGGCCAUGAUUGGUAUGACUUCGGUGCAUAUGCCCCCAAUUGUGGAGUCGUGGACCCAGAAUUUCCAGUGGAGUAUGGGUAUCAUCCACAUCGGAUUCCUGCAGACAAUCUGUACCUGGUACCAGCGCGCGACAGGCGGUACUCCCUCCACCGUUCUCUCCCAACUUGGCGAUACCUCUGUGGAGGUGCUGCGCCGCCGCAAGCGUGACUUCAUUGACCCUGCAAUCAACAUGAUGAGGCGCGCACUUGACUCCCGGGGACUGAGCUCCCUGUCGAAGCGGUCCAGCUCCAGCCAGAAGCUCUUGAUUGUGCGUGGUAUCGAUCGUGUCGGCUUCCGUGCCAACAUCGAGGAAACAAACAUCUUCUUGACCGGUCUCAUUUUCUUCGUCGUCUUCGUCUGUGUUGUUAUCCUCAUUGUCGCUUCCUUCAAGGGAAUUUGCGAGUUGCUGGUCAGGAAUGGCAAGAUGAAGAGUGACAAGUUCCAGGACUUCCGCAACGGCUGGAAGGUUGUCACUCGCGGGAUUUUGUUCCGUUUGACUUUGAUUGGUUUCCCCCAGAUGUGUGUUCUCUGCCUCUGGGAGUUCACCCAGCGCGACUCGGCUGCCGAAGUUGUUUUGGCCGUGGUUAUGAUUCUGUCCUUGCUCGUCGCAUUGGGCUGGGCUGCUCAAAAGGUCAUUCGUCUUGCCAAGCGCUCGGUGACCAUGCACAAAAACCCGGCUUAUAUCCUGUAUUCAGACCCCUCCUGUCUCAACAAGUGGGGUUUCCUGUAUGUUCAGUACCGGGCCACAGCGUACUACUUUGUCGUUCCCUACCUCGGCUAUCUUUUCGUCAAGGGAAUGUUCAUCGGUCUGAGCCAGUCCGCUCCGGUCGUCCAGACUGUCGCCCUUGUGAUUCUGGAGGCUGGUAUGCUGAUUGCUGUCUGCGUUCUGCGCCCGUGGAUGGACAAGAAGACCAACAUCUACAACAUCUCUAUUGCCGUUGUCAACUUCCUUAACGUGAUUUUCCUGCUGGUCUUCUCUGAUGUUUUCAACCCGCCUGGCAUGAUGAUUGGUGUCAUGGGUGUCAUCUUCUUCGUCUACAAUGCAGCGUUCGCCCUGGUUCUUCUUGUUCUCGUCUUGAUUGCGUCAGUCUAUGCCGUUGUGUCAAAGGACCCUGACACCCGUUACCAGCCCAUGCGCGAUGACCGGGGCUCCUUCAUCAAGUCCCAGACCCAGCUGACCACCGAGCUGGAUGCUCUGGGUGCCACCGCUCGCGGCGACCUCAAGUCUGGACAGUACCACCAGAACCCAUUCGACGACGACUCUGCUUCCAUCUCAAGUGGCAACGGGGCCAACAUCGGCCACAACAACCUGAAUGUCGCCCACAACGGUGCCCAUGGCCAGCCCCCGCACUCGCCCGUGGAUCCGUCAGUACCGCUCUUCCCUAGCAACGGCUCUCCCCAACGGGGAUCCCCGCCUGGCUACGACCAUUUUGGUCGGUCAGCGUCACCCCGUCCUGGUAACUAUGGGGAUGCGCCAGUCGGUGUAUCUGCCAUGGCACCAACAUUCAGAGCCCAAAACAAUUCCAGCCCAUGGCAGCGGGGAGCUGGCUACGACCACUAG